UCUAAACGGAAAAUGGCCCCGGGACAGGACACUCAGUUGGAGAAAGUCAUUGAUGAGGUGUUAAAGAGUGGGGCUGUCCAACCACUGGAUGUUUUCUUGCAAAGCAACAUACAUGAAGGGACUGUCAUCAAAUGUUCCCAACAGUUUCUCACCAAAUUGGAUAAACUUGUCAGCAGGAAUAUGGAUCAAAAAGAUGCAAAGUCAGCCAGUUUGGCUUUCGUCAUCCUCUACAAGUGUGGGAAAAACCUGAAACUACCUGGUGGUUCCCAAGGACUGUCAGGAAUAAUAGCUCAAGGCCUGCUCAAAAAGAUGGUGCAGUGGUUUGAGAAAUGCAGGCGACUGUGGAUCGAGUGUGGCCCGCAGUGGGAUGAGACCUUGUUCAACCUCUCUGAGGAUUUCUUUGAUGCCUUAAUGGUGGUUCAUGAAGCCUGCAAAGAGGGAACUUACAAAAUCACAGACUCCUUCCUGUACCCUGUUGGUCAGUUGGCAGUAGACCCCAGUAUCUACAUCCUGAUCCAAAAAGAGGCAAUUCGCAAAUUUAACUUACUUCUGGACAAAAUCCCAGUGGAGCUCAAGAAAGAGAGGAGGAUCCUAUCAUCACAGGAGGCCUCAGACAUCAUGAUCAAGCUAGCUGGUCGGAUAAUGAAGGGUGGUGAUUACGACUUGCAGACAGCCCUGGUGGAGGCAUUGUGCAGAAUGGCAGCUCCUGACCAGAGGAAGGAGCUGGCCUAUCGGUGGUUCAGCAUGGAGCAUGUGGCCAGUGCCUUUGUCAAGAUCAGUGAUUCUGAGUUUGAGACGGACUGUCGCAAAUUUCUGAACUUGGUGAAUGGGAUGCAGGGAGACAGGAGAAGAGUGUACUCCUAUCCUUGUUUGGAGGCUUAUCUGGACAAGCAUGAGCUGCUGAUGCCUGCUGAUGAGAACCUGGAAGAAUUUUGGAUCGACUUUAACCUUGACAGCCGCAGCAUGUCCUUUUACUUCUCUUUUUCUGAUGAUGAAGCACAGGAGGCCCAGUGGGAAACAGUAUGUUUCAAUGACAAUGAAGUCCAAAGCUACACUGUAACAGAGGAGGGCAAGAGGAAAGUCUUGCAGAUAAAGUUGUCACAGGUUGUGAUCGUGGGUGCGGUGGAAGGAACGAGUGUUACCAUCCACUUCAGCUCCUCCCUGGACAUCCUGCAGGCUGCUCGUAAAGUCUAUGGACACAGCAAAAACAAAGGCUUUGUGGGGAAGACAAGCACAUCUGUAGCGAAGACUAUAGUUAAAAUUGUAGGGGAAGAUAACAUCUCCCAGGUUGUUCCAGAGAGUCAGAUGUCCCUCGGUGAAAGUGAGAAAACCACUGCACCUUACCUUCUACCUGCCCCGUCUGCACCUGCACAGAUGGUGACCCCAACCAGGAUGAGGAUUUCAGAGUCGACCACCUUUAUCAGCAGCAGUGGAGGAGGAAGUGUGCAUUGUGCCAGUUCCCUCGCUGCUGUUAUGUCAUCAAACACUUCAGCCAAGGUUAAGGGGAAGCCGUCUCUGGAGAUGGUUCGUUCAAGUGACAGGCAAGGUGAACAUUACUUGGGAGAGCUAAGGACAACUGCAAAGACCUGCAGUAAUGGCACAACACCUAACAGCACAAUAGCAAGUGACAUGACAAAGCAGAGUGCUACAUCUCUACAAAGCACAGCUUCCAAACUGUCCAAUAAGAAUAAGGUCGGCAAACACAAAAAGAAUGUACCACUGGCAAAAGCAGCAGAUGUGGUUCCAGCUGGACAGGGAGAGGAACAGUCUCUGGAGUCCAGUUUUGUGCCUGACACCCAACCCACAACUGGGAGAAACAUAUCUAUGAACUGGAGCAAACUGUCAGUUUCUGAAAUGCUGAUGAUGCCCACACAGAAAAUCAGUUCUCUGCCAAGACCUGAGUCUCAGUCAAGUUUGGCAGGACAACAGGAGAGCCUGUCCUCAGCACAGACAUCGUCAGUUGCAGGCUCGAGCUCAAUCAACCAAAAGCAACUUCACAUAGAACUCACCCAGCGCCUGCAGCAGGUCCUCAGAGAGAAGAACCAAGAUCCGGCACCUCAGGAGCCAUCUGCACCCCACAGAAACAUGUCUGACAUCAAAGGCAGAAGCUCUGUGGAGCAGUGUGCUGCAAAACUGUGUUCUCCCAAAAAGCAGCAGGCCCAGAGGAAUGGCCUGACCAAAGGGAAGAGUAAACGCCAGAUGUCACUGGAGACAGAUGCAGAUGCAGUCAAAGCUCCAGCCAAGGCCUCCACAUCUAAAGCUCCACAGAAGGGAACACCACAGAAAGGGAAUGCUGACACUAACAGGAACCUUUCAAGCAAAGAGAAGAGAGAUGCAGAGGUUGCAGGCAGCAUGGUGAAGCUCAUCUCUAGCCGCUAUGACAGUAACACCAAAUCCACAGCAAAAGAUACUGCAGACACAAUCCCUCAGAGCUGGAUUCCUCCUCUUGUCAACAGGCCGAUCUUCAAUAUGGGCUGGUUAUCAACCUCUAAAAGAGAAGUAUCUGGAGCUGUAAGCGUCAUGAAAUCUUACAGUAAAACCACAACAAACUCUACGAGGCAGAGAAAAGAUGUUUUUGCAUUUAACUUUGAUGCAUCAUUGAGUGCUGGGGAAAAGAACAAAACCUUCACUAACACUUCUGCCACAUCAAACAGUGCCAUCCACGACUCCUCAGCACUCAGCACAACCAAGAAAGGACAACCUGUGGCAAAAGAGAAGCGGUAUGUGAAGAGGCAUCUGUUCAGUGACACAGACACAGACUGUGUCACGACAGAUGUCAGCUGGUUGAGGGAAUCAAGCAGGAAACCCAAACCCAAAGUUACCAAAUACUCCAGGCAGGCGCCCGUCAAGCCCAAAGCUGUGUCACCUCAUACUUCAUAUGAGUUUCCAGGUGUACCCCCACCCUCUCAAAAACCUGUAAAGGACAAUACCAAACCCAGUAAGAAGCCUGAUGUGAAGAAGAGAAUGGAGCAGCCGAAUAAGACAGUGAAGCCAGCAGUAGAGCCAAAGAGACCACAUGCAGCAGGCAGGAGGCCCCAGAGAACUGCAGCCACCUUUAUCAAAAGCUACAGGGAGACAGACACUGAUGACAGCCAGUCAGAACCAGAGGAGCCUCCUGUUUCCAAGGUAAAAUACUUUCCUAAUCAUCUGGAGAAAGCUGAGAAACCUCACGAGGCUGCUCAAGUGACAAAGAAAAACACUGCCAGCAAACAACCAACCAGAAGUUAUCUGGAGAUAGACAGCAACUGUCAUAGCAGCGGGGCAGAGUUGGAGUCAGAGCAGCCACGUUUCUCCAAGAAAUAUUUUGUAGGCCAGCAGGGGAAGAGUGAGAAGACCAGUUUAGAGGUGCCAGAGGUAAAGAAGGGAAAGAACACCUCCUCUGAGCAAUCCACAGAUCUGAGAAAGCCAUCUGGUCUCAAGCAGCAGAGGCCUGAGAAUGUUCUCCCAGAAACUUCCAGAAAGUUGAGUAAGAAACAUGUCGUCCCUGCUCGAGAACAGAUGAAUGGAUUGAAGGAUUCCCGGGCUACCCGCCAGACCUCUUUCUGUCCGUCCCCUCCUUUGAUCGAGAGGAUGAGAUCUGCCCCGAUGUCACCUCCAACCUUGGGUUUGACCUGCUCCCCUCUCCUCACGCCGCAGGGAUCCCCACUUCCUGCCUCUCCUGACCCUCCCAGCGAGGACACCCCCUCGCCAAUCCCGCUGCUACCCAAACCUCACUGUACAGUCAGCAAUAAAGGAAAUUGCAGGCCCUCCUCUUUCUACAGUGCAGACAAGAAGCACAGCACAUCCAAGACUCAGUCCGUCCAGUCUGGCCCCUCUCUGCCUUCACUGACCCCUGUUGGUCGAACCUCUGCACCAGGGGCUCCCAUUGGACGUAGUGCAGCAAAGAUAAGUCCAGUCCAGCAGGUUCUACCCUCCACACCUCCAUCUCCUUUGUCUCUGUCCACUCGGCACCUGUUGACAUCCACACUCCUCGAGCUGGACAAGCCUUCCAUGCCCUCUCCUCCUCAGUCUCCUAUCCCUGAAGACACCACCAACUAUGGGAACUGCCAUGACUUUAGUAAGGUGUCUUCAGUGUCCUGGGUUUCACAGAGCCAGUCGUCUUCUAAGUCGUCAGUGCUCAGUAGCAGAGUGAAGGACAGCCACACUGCUGCCCCGGCUGUGUCUCAUAAAACAGAGAAAACACCAUCUUCAGACCAAAACUCGAAGUCUGAUCAGCUUCAUAUCUCAGGACCCAGUCGCAAGCGCCACAUCUCAUCCAGUAAUUCUGAGGAAGAUGAGAAGGAAGAGAGGAAGAAAAGCAAGAUGAGAGGACAGCGUUCUCCUCGGUUGAAACCAAGAAAGUUGUUCAAGUCCUUUGCUGAGGUGUCUGCUGAGGGUGAGCUAAGUCAAGUGAUAUCUUCGUCCCACACGAUGAGCUCCAGUCACUGGGAGACUGAAGUGGGGAAUGGAGACAUGGACGUGGAUGAAGAUUUCGAGGUGCCAAAAAUUGCCGUAAACCCGAGUAACCUGUGCCAGCAAUUCAGCUCUGAGCUGAAGAAGAAGUUCCAGAGCCGUCAUAACAUGGUGGAGGUUUACAACAAGCAGUCUUUGAAGACUGUCCAGCAACAUGUCUCCUCCUUCAACAUGCAAGUAACCAAAUACAGGACUCAGAAGCUUGGACAGGUUCAGAAGGUCCUCUUGGAAGAGAUCCGCAAACUGGAACAGGGCGACACAGUGCUGAAAAACAUGGAGAAAGACCUGAGUAUGUACUGGAAAAAGCAGAUUGUGGCUUUCCAUUCUUACAAGGAACAGGAAACCAUGAGAAAUGAGAGCCUGAAGAAAGCCCUCCAGAGUAACAUGUGUCACAGCUUGGAGCAUGAGGAGAGAUUAUUCACUUCCCAGAUGUGCCUGAUGAGAAAAGACAUGAAGUCAGUUCAGGACAGACUCCUCAGUGAGAUGCGAGAGGGGGAGAUCCAGAGUGUGAAGAGAGGUCUGCACGCCUUGUUUUUCCCCUGAUGGAGCCGGUUUAGAGUUCUCCACACUAUGAUAAAGGUGUUUACUUCACCACAUGAUGCACACUGAGCUGUGGACUUCAGCUGUGCUGGUUUCAUUUCAAAGUGUUGAUUGUUCCAGGAUCUUCUUUUAUUAUA